CACUUUACUGUACUGUUUUAAAAGUUAUCUGAAUGUUAUGUGAGGUUAUGUGUUGAUCUAAAGUUAUCUGAAUGUUAUGUGAGGUUAUGUGUGGAUCUAAAGUUGUCUGAAUGUUAUGUGAGGUUAUGUGUGGAUCUAAAGUUGUCUGAAUGUUAUGCGAGGCUAUGUGUGGAUCUAAAGUUGUCUGAAUGUUAUGCAAGGUUAUGUGUGGAUCUAAAGUUGUCUGAAUGUUAUUUGUGGUUCUAAAGUUAUCUGAAUGUUAUGUGAGGUUAUGUGUAGAUCUAACGUUAUCUGAAUGUUAUGUGAGGUUAUGUGUGUAUGCAUCUCUACUCUGGGUUGUUUUGCUGCAUGUACUGCACUGAUAGCAUUGAACAGUAAAGUAAAUGUUGUUUUAAUGUUUUUUUAAAUGUUAUUUGAAUGUUGUGUGAAUGAUUUCCCUGUCCCUGUCUCCCAGGUCUUUUUGCUCCUGUCUCUGCUGGCUCCUGUAGCCGUCCUCUCUCAGUUCUACCUCCCUCAGGACUGUGAUGACAUCUAUCAACGUGACAACACCAAACCCAGUGGGGUGUACACCAUCUACCCUGGGGGUCCCACCACCCCCUUGCACGUCUACUGUGACAUGAACACAGAUGGAGGGAGGUGGACUGUGUUCCAAAGGAGAAUGGAUGGAACAGAGAACUUUUACAGACCCUGGGCACACUACAAAUCUGGCUUUGGUAAUGUGGCUGGAGAGUACUGGCUGGGUCUGGAUAACAUCUUCCUCCUGACGAUGAGGAAGAAGAAUGAGCUGAGAGUGGACAUGGAGGACUUUGAGGGAGGGAAGGUUUAUGCUAAAUACACAUCCUUCUCCAUUGAUCCUGAGAACUACGGAUACACACUGAGACUGGGCACUUAUGUAGACGGAGGGGCAGGGGACUCCUUGUCGUUUAGCAACGGCAUGAAGUUCAGCACCUACGACAAUGAUCAAGAUACCUGGGGAGAACACUGUGCCAGGCGCUACCUGGGUGGAUUCUGGUUCGGUGACUGUACGCAUGCUAACCCUAACUCCCUGUACGCACCACAUCCGGAAACAUCUUUCACUCUUGUGUCUGUUUUUUGGCAGCACUGGAAAGGGGUAGACUACUCUCUGAAAAGCAUUUCCUUUAAGAUCAGGGCUGUCUCUGAUGCUAUGGCUGUCCAGGAGCAGGAGUAACAUACCUGACUCUAUCAGUCCUGACCUAAUGUCACCAUCUCUAAAUGACUCCACAAAUACAAUGUGGAGGACGGGGCACUAGAGCUAGCCAGUCAGACACUAACACCUAGAGAACAAUAUGGUCUCUACAUUAUCACUGUAACACUAACACCUAGAGAACAAUACGGUUACUACAUCAUCACUAUAACACUGACACCUAGAGAACAAUAUGGUCACUACAUCAUCACUACAGCACUAACACCUAGAGAACAAUACUGUCACUACAUCAUCACUAUAACACUGACACCUAGAGAACAAUAUGGUCACUACAUCAUCACUACAGCACUAACACCUAGAGAACAAUACGGUCACUACAUCAUCACUAUAACACUGACACCUAGAGAACAAUAUGGUCACUACAUCAUCACUAUUAUUAUCAUCUUGGAUGUUAAUGUUUCAUGUUAUGACAGCACAAUGGGCUCUCUAUCUCUUAUAUGGUCACUACUGCAUCACUAUUAUUAUCAUCAUGCAUGUUAAAGUAGUGUUUCAUGUUAUAGCAGCACUAUGGGCUCUCUAUCUCUUAUAUGGUCACUACUGCAUCACUAUUAUUAUCAUCUUGCAUGUUAAAGUAGUGUUUCAUGUUAUAGCAGCAUGAUGUGCUCUCUGUCUCUUGAUUCCACUGUUACUUGACUCAAGUAAUAAUUAAAGCAUUUCA